AUGAACAAAAGAGCAGAACAAGAAGGGAAAUCUAAAGAGAAAAUGAUCAAGAUGUUAUCAUCAGCGGAGCCGAGAGAAUACAUGCAGAACACUCUGGUGGGGGAGGUGAAAAACUUCCAAGCACUCAUGAACGUGAAAGCCUUUCAGGAAGUCGAGGGUUUUCUAGUGAUUUUCAUGCGUUACCUUGGGGGAUUAAAAAUGCUACUUGAAUUUUCUAAUGAAUGCAUCAAAAACUCUCCUAAUCUCGCUUUUGAAAGGGUUGGAAUAGUCAUAACCUACCGUGGUCUCAUCAACACUGGAAUUUUAAUCCUAGUGGACGGUAUGCCCUACUUGAUCAAUGUCAUGGAAGAUUUGUUUGAAUCUCUUAAAAUCAGCCCUGUCCUUGCAGCCAAUGAUUAUUACCCUAAUAUGGCAUGGUUGAACGAAGGUGAUGUAGGCAAUAACAACAACAAUAAUAGUGAAAGUGCAAUACAAUCGGAGGAUGACUUUACAUCACUAGAAACAUCUCCGGCGAAUAACCAUCAGAGUCAGCAUCGUGAAGAUCAGAGUUAG